AUGAAGAUUUCGAUAUUCCUUUUGAUUUUUCAUUUUUCUGAAAAUCUGACUUUGAAUCUGACAAACUUUUUGGAGUUUUAUGAGAAUGCGGGAGAAUGCGCAUUUAACUACACACAAAUCAGUUCCACAACAAUUGAGCACUUUCCAAAAUGCAGUACAAUAUAUGGAAUUCUGGUCAUCAAUGAGAAAACUGAUUUAUCGAUUGAUCAAAUGAUUCCAUAUUUUGAAAAUAUUGGAGAAUGGUUUGGAGGGUUACAACUGGAAAAUACCAAUUUCACAAGUCUCGGAUUUUUUUCAAAACCCAAAAAUGGGUAUGUAACAGUGUAUUGUGAAAAAUUUGGAUUUUAUAUUCGAAAUAAUCCCAAUCUCACCGACUACAGUAUCCUUCGAUCAUUUUUCAUGCACAGUAAUGGUGAUGGAAAAGAAUGUGAUAUUCAGAUAACAAAUAACAGUCAGCUGGAUGCAGAAUCUUUUUGCGACUCUGGAUUUUUUCAUUAUUUUACAGAUUUGACAGUUAAAGGGAAUCUUAAAGAUUGUGGUGAGAAGAGAGAGGACGAAGACAGUUGCCAAGGCGAUGAAAUUGAUGAUUCGAAUUUAUCCACCUACAAAUCCUGCACCAAAUUAUACAAUGGACUUCAGUUGAAAAAUAUGAGCAAGAUUGGAACAUCAAAUUUGUCGAAAAUUCAACAAAUUCGGGGAGUAAUUGAUAUCGUGGACACAGAUCUUGAGGAUUUGUCGUUUCUUAAAAAUUUGAAUAUUUUCAAAUAUCGGAACCAAUGGCUCACAGAAAAAGUUUCAUUCAAUCUUCAGAAUAACUUGGAAAUGAGAAGAUUUGGUAUUCCGAAUUUCCAGACGAUUCACAACACAGAAUCCAUCGACCAAAGCAAGGAAGAAGGAAUUGCCCUAUUCAAUUUUGAAAAUCUACACCCAGAUUUUUGUUUAACCAUUGACGAGAUAGUUUUCUUCCUGAAAAGCGGCGUAGCUUUUCGAAAUUUGGAUUCGAAAGUGUGCGCGACAAAAGAUAAAUUCAAAGGAAACGAUAUUUGUCGUUUUGAGUCUAUGGAAAAACUCGCUGAAAAUUGUUAUAUGAUUCUUGGAGAUGUUACGGUAGACUCUGGAGAUGAGCAAUACUUUUCAAAGUUGAGAGCAACUCAUUAUCUAUUUGGAUCGAUUAGAAUUCGAAACACGACUCUGAAAAGUUUGGAGCAUUUAUACAGACUUUUGUACAUUGUGGAUCUUGAAGAUGGUGGACCAGUUAUUGAAAUAAAUUCGAAUAAAAAAUUAAGAAAUGUGAAUUUUGCUGGGUUGCAGAGCAUUUUCACACGAGAUGCAAAUCGUACCGCCUUUAUUCAAGACAAUCACCCGAAGAUUUUUGAAAGUUAUGAUGAAAUUUGUUCAUUGGUUGAAUCCACUGAUAUGUACAGAAUCUAUCGAACUCGUUUAAACUUUGUUGGAGGAAAUUGUGCAACUGAAAUGGAGACAAUGGAAUUGAGCAAAUCGUCUUGGCUCAUGGAGGAUAAUUUUUCAACUAGAGCAGAUUUUGUGAUUUUUUUCUUGAUUUUUUGCAGCUGGUUAAUGUUUGAAUAG